AUGAGCAAACCCGUCAUUACGAUUCAACCAAAUGAAAAUGGCUGGAAAGACUACAAGAUGAAAGGCGAGGGAGAAGAUGGCGGCGAUUCGAAGUCUGAAUAUUUGGAUGGUGUCGAGCAGGCUGUCGUGCAGCAGGAUCUUUCGCUUGUCGAGUUCAUGACUGGCUACGACGUCAUUAAUAAAUACAGGAUAUGGGAUGGAAAAACUGGAGAGACAUUGUUUCAAGCUACGGAAGGAGACAUUGGUUGUUGCGCUAGAAAUUGCUUUCAAGGGGAGCGAGAAUUCGAAAUGCCUCUGAGGACCAAAGAAGAUAAAGACGGGGACAUGCACCGACUGAGUAAGCCCCGUGCCAUUGCGCUGCAGCCUUGCUGUAACACGUGCUGCUGCAAUUUCUGGCAUCGAAUCUUCUGCUGUGGCUGCUGCGGCUUCGACUUCUCCAAACCUCUGGCAAACCUCUCGACGUUUUUCAACGACAAGAAGACUCAUUGGAUUCUUCAAAAGGAUGGCGGCAAUUGCGGCCGCGCGAACUUUGUGAUCACUGAUGAAGUCAACAAGAAAAUAAUUUACGAAAUCAAAAGACCCGAGCUCUGCGUCUGCGCCUGGGACUGCGGUGACGUGGUCUAUCCAAUUUUGGAUCCGGAAGGGCAGCAAGUCGGCAGUAUCACCAAAUACUGGGCCGGUGGGAAGAAGGGCUGCAGUGGAUGCUGCAUCGAAGGUGCGAAUGCUUCUACACACGUGAUUGACUUCCCUUCCACUGCUUCCCAUACGGAGAAACUGGCUCUCAUCGGACAGACACUUCUCAUCGACUAUACUUAUUAUCAGAAGAAGAAUAAUAAUAACGGUGGCUCCUAA